UUCAGAGAACCACCCGCGAUAACACUCCGUCCCCCUCAUCUAUAGAGGUUUAUGGUCUUCUUGUAGUGGUGCUGAUAGCGUGAAACCGGACGGUGGAUUAUAUAUAGCAAUCCUUGGCACUCUACUGCGGUCUUCAUAUUUACGCCAUCGGGAAAAUCUAACUAGGUCGGUUUGCCUCUGGCUCUGUGAGGCAUUCUACAAAUUGCAAAGAUGACUGCCAAAGAAAUAUUAAGCAAGCGUGGUUAUAAAGCCGCGGCUACUGACGACCCACUGACCGACCAGAGCGAGUCUACUACAUCUAGCGACGAAUACGAAGGACCCCGAAUCAGAAGGGAAAAUCUUCCAUACAAAAUGAUGCAGCCUGGAUGGUUGGGCCGAAGAACGAGACUGGAGCGGUACCUGAUACUUGCUGGAACGACGGUGGUGUUUGUGGUGGUCGCCCUGGCUAUAUCCCUGGCCGCAGUCAUCUAUGGCUACCAGAACGGAAUCUUCAAUAAUGACGCUUCAUACCUCCCCGUUAUCUCAGCAGAGCGUCUCACAUCCUGUCCUGAUACCGUCCAGCCAUCGUAUAGCCCUACGUCAGAUCGUACAUGUCUCACGAAAGGAUGCGUGAAAGCCGCAAACAGUCUCAUUGAAUCUAUGAAUGAGAAAAUCGACCCCUGCGACGACUUCUUCCAGUUCGCCUGCGGGGGCUUCCUCCAGAAGAAAAUCAUUCCUGAUGAGAAGACGUCGCUUUCGCGGUUCAGCGAGGUCUCUGACGACCUGCGAGAGAAACUCAGGGGUCUGGUAGAGGCAGAUGUCUCGGAGAAGGACUCCCCAUCCACGAAAAUGGUGAAGGAGUUGUACAAAUCCUGCAUGAACACAGAACGUAUAGAAGAGAGAGGAUUAGAACCUCUUCACGAGAUCCUGAAGGAAAUGGGUGGAUGGCCUGUGAUCGAGGGAGAUUCUUGGGACCCCUCAGGAUUCGAGUGGUACACGAAUGUUUAUAUCAACAGGAGACUUGGAUAUUCGUUGGACUACAUCUUCGACUUCUCAGUGACCACGAACAUCAAGAAUUCCACGUGGCGGAUUAUAGAUAUUGACCAGCCACCUCUUGGUAUGCCAUCUCGGAAGUACCUCUUGAAGGGAUUCAACGAUAGCGAUGUCCAGGCUUAUUACAACUACCAGAUCAGCAUGGCUGAGCUCCUUGGAGCUGACAGGCAGAGAGCUGAAGUGGAACUCAAAGAAUCUCUCGAGUUUGAAAUCCAGAUUGCUAAUUACUCGUUGCCGAAAGAAGAGAGACGCAACGCCACCAAACUCUAUAACAAGAUAACGAUUCGCGAAUUGCAGGAGAUGGUACCCGAAAUUGAAUGGCUGGAAUACAUCAACACUUUGCUCUCCCCUUUCUUCAAGGUAACUGCCGAUGAACCGGUUGUCAUCAGCAACAGGGAAUUAGUCAAAAACCUCGGAAAACUUGUAGCCAAAACUCCUAAAAGAGUGAUCGCCAACUACAUGAUGUGGAGAGUAACCGCAGCCUCUGUGGGAUACUUGAAUGAAGCAGCCAGAGACAUCCAGCUCGCAUAUUCCAAGAAGCUUGUUGGAAAGGGAACAAGGGAACCACGCUGGAAGGAAUGCAUGGGAUCAGUCUCUGGAAGCCUUUCUCAUGCUGUGGGCUCCAUGUACGCCAGUACCUUCUUCAAGGAAGACGCUAAAGCUGCAGCCGAUGAAAUGGUAACCUACAUCAGAGCAGAGUUCGACAAGAUUCUUCAUGAGAUUGACUGGAUGGACGAGACGACCCGCAAGAGGGCUCUUGAGAAGUCCACAGCCAUCACUCCACACAUUGCUUACCCCCCAGAAUUGCUUGAGGAGCAAAAGUUGACCGAUUUAUAUGAGGGACUUCAGAUAUCCAGUGGUGACCUGCUGGAGAAUAUGCGCAAUCUGACAGUGUUCGGAACUGACUAUUCCUUCAAGCGGCUUCGCGAGCAGAUUGAUAAAAAGGACUGGAAGAACCACGGAGCGGCUGCUGUUGUCAAUGCAUUCUACAGCCCACUUGAGAACUCAAUCCAAUUCCCGGCCGGUAUCCUUCAAGGAACAUUCUUCGAAGCUGAUAGGCCUAAAUAUAUGAAUUUCGGUGCCAUUGGAUAUGUCAUAGGCCACGAAAUUACUCACGGAUUCGAUGACUCGGGCCGUCAGUUUGAUGCCAACGGAGACCUCAGAGACUGGUGGGAGAAAGAGACCAAGGAUAAGUUCAUUGACAAAACCAAAUGCAUCAUCUACCAGUAUGGCAACUACUCUGUUCCUGAAGUUAAUAUGAAUCUGAACGGCAUCAACACCCAAGGGGAGAAUAUAGCAGACAAUGGUGGAAUCAAGGAGGCUUACUAUGCUUACAAACAGUGGGCUAAGGACAACGGUGAAGAACAGCAGCUGCCAGGCAUGUCAUACACAGCUCACCAACUCUUCUGGCUCUCUGCAGCCAAUGUGUGGUGUGGAAAAUACAGACCUGAAACCCUGAAACUGCGCAUCCUGACGGGCGCACAUUCACCCGCGCAGUUCCGCGUCAACGGUCCAUUCAGUAACCUUCCAGAGUUCGCCGUCGACUGGAAAUGCCCUAAAGGCUCCAAACUGAACCCGCACCACAGGUGUUCUGUUUGGUAAUAAAAGUCAUUUCGUCAGUUGACAACGCGGGAGAGGGGUCGGUAGGGAGGGAGGGAGGGAGGGUGGGACGGGGACUGGGAUCAGAAAUAAACAAGAAAAAGCGAAGAACGUUGCGUCUUGAGAUUUGUCUUAGAGUUUUACACCUUAGAAAUGUCUUUGGUGCUUUAUGGUUGCUAUGUGUAGAGAUGUAGUCUGCUGUACCUACACUCCUUUCGGUUAAGCCGCCCUAUGACGCAAACUCCCGGGGACGAUAUUCUGUAGUUAUUAUGAUGACCGAGUUGUUUUUAGAAAUCGAGCUGAUGACCCGACAGUGUUCACUGAAUGUGCUCUCGCUAGAAGAAGGGUUUCUUGUAUAUUUUUUACCCAGGUUUGCAAUCCCCGGCUGGGCCGGGGGGCAGAAGUGGAGUGAAAGGGAGGAUUUUAUAAAGUAUGUAGUAGAUGUACUCAUUGGGGGAGAGAUCUAUAUUUUUACCGGUGUACGUUGACUCCAAUUUGAGACUGCUUCGUCAAGUCAAACUUGAGUCUAUCCCUUUUUGGCUGCCUGAUUUUUAAUUUGAGUACAAAGGGAUAUAUUUCAUGUCGUUUUAGAAUUUCGGAAAUAAUUUUCAGAAUCGCUUUUGCUACGGUAGUGACGCACAUCUUGAUUACGUAUAUUUAUUAUAAUCUUUUUAUUUCUUCCUAUUUUUUUGUUGAAAAUCAUUGUCAUGCAUAAUGAAAGUUGGUGGUGCUCUUGAACAACGUCUAUCUCAAAUUGAACUGCAAGUUCGCUUAGAAGCGAACUUCCUUCACACACACACACACACACACACACACACACACACACACACACACACACACACACACACACACAGAGUCUCCUUGCAGCAGCAUUUUUGCUGGAGUGUUUCAUGGAUCUACUUCAGUUGGUUAAGUAAGAAGUUUCUUGUUCCUUACAUUUUUUGGGGGGGAUGUCUGUAUGCUGGUACAUUACAUAAAUAAAUGUUUUUCUUUAAAAAAAAAUGCAAAGCUUUUACUUCAGGAUGUUCCUUGUACUUAAUUUUUCUUUUAUGAGCUGGCAUGCCUUAGAGAAAUUCUGAUUUUAUCUGUUAACUUUUUAAACAUCAUUAUUCCAUUCCCCUUCCUUCAGCUUUUGCUUUAGUUACUUAAGUGUUUUUAUAGGUUGUUUUAUAGCAAAUUUAUUUUUACACAUUAUUUAAUUCUUUCAUUUUUAAUCGUAAUCAGCUUUUAAAGUCUUCGGAUUUUUUCUUUAUUUUUUACAAUUUAUGGGUGAGACAGUUUUGUCUCUCGUUUUAACCGAUAUCGAACUCUUGUCUGAUCGUACAACAAAAAGAUGUUCUACCUCAACAACGGCCGAAGAGCGCUAGAACACCCUCUCUGCAUCUGUCAACGAGGGAACAAAUAUCAAAGCCUAUUUGGAAUUCGCAGAGGAGGAGGAGGAGGAGGAGAGGAGGACUGUUCCCAGUUGAAGUUACUCUUGGACUUUUCUUGCCGCUACUCCAGGACCAUCGUAUCUGGACGGUGUCGUCUUGAACAGAAAAUGGGGGCUGUCCCAUUUGGGUUUUUAUCUUGUCAGCAUCCAUUCUUUUCUCUUAGGAAACCUCCUUUUGGAUUUCAUGAUCGAACUGCUGUUGAUGAUAGGGAUGUGCAGAAAAGGCGACAAGCCGUGACAUUUUGCAGUCGAGAGCUUUUAAAACAUUCUUCCACAUUCCUGGUUCACUCUGCAGACGACUUUUCUUGUCAGAUGUAACGUCGACACUUCAGAUCAGCGUUGCAAGUUCACUGUAUUGUAUCGUUGCACUUGGAGUUUGCCAACUUCAAAGCUCAACUUGUUUUGAUUUUAUACGAUGGCGAAAGUGAAUUCUGUACUCGGAGGGUUGGUUCAGCAAAAGGCAGUUGAGUUAAUGAGGAAUAUUGGAAACAGCCUGUAGUAUUUGUGUGUGGAGAGAAAGGUGCUAAUUUCUAGGAGCAAUCUUUGGCUUUUGAAAAGGCGUCUACGAGGUUUAAUUAUAAAGGCACAUGCUUUUCAUUAUUGAUUUAGGCAUUCAUAUAAUAAGCGAAAAGUUGUGUUAAGACGCGUGUGGGUAUGCGUGUCCGUUUAGGCUACAUGUAGUUUGUGUUUGCACACAGUUGCGUAUGCAUGCAUAUUUUCCCGAGCAUAAUGUACAUCGUGACUGCAAGCAUACGUACACCAUAAUAAGAGUGUCAUUCGAGUCAAGUGAAAAAGUUCAUGACUUGUUUCAUAUCCGCCGCACACACGCAAGACUUUGACGCUAAGAGAAUUUUUCACAGGGAGGAAUAUUUUCAUAAAAAAAGCACUAUUUUUAGAAAUGUUACGUACGAACUCCAGAUAGUCAUUAUUUACAUAUCUAUAUUGGUAAUGUAAACAUAGAUGAGGAAAUCUUUUGUGAUUUGUAUAGUAAUAAAGUGUAUGUGUA